ACGCGACUGUAGCAGUGAGGCAUACAAGCCACCUAUACAUACUUUGUUCACACCGAACGGUACUGUUGAAUGAAGACAGUGGUUUUUAACAAUGACUUGGUGAUAGACGGUUAAUAAUAUUAAAAACAAAAUUGAUUAAAGAUCGUUUUUAAAUAGAAAAGGACCAUGAGGUGUUCAUUAUUUAUUAUAUUGGCGUCCGCACUAUGUGCGUCAGCUGUUGUUCAAUCGCCACCAUUAAUAACGAAGCAACCACCUACAGAUGAGCUCCUGUUCAAAGUGGCACAACCAGGAUCUCAUGAAAAUGAAAAACCAUUUUUAAUUGAGUGUGAAGCAGAAGGCGAACCUUCAAUUACUUAUAGUUGGAUUAAAAAUGGAAAAGCAUUUGACUAUGUAGCAUACGAUGACCGUAUCGCUCAACAACCAGGAAGAGGUACUUUGCUGAUUACAAAGCCUCGCGAUGAAGAUUUAGGGCAAUAUCAAUGUUUUGCUACAAAUGAAUGGGGCACAGCCACGUCCAAUUCAGUAUUUGUUAGAAAAGCAGAAUUAAAUGCUUUCAAAGAUGAAGAUCCUACACCAGUAACAGCUGAAGAAGGAAAGCCAUUCAAGUUGACAUGUCAACCACCUGAUGGUUGGCCAAAACCUAAUGUUUAUUGGAUGAUCCAAGAUACUCAAGGAAUUAUAAAAUCUAUUAAUAAUUCAAGAAUGACACUAGAUCCCGAGGGUAAUUUAUGGUUUAGUAAUGUGACGAAAGCUGAUGCGUCAGAUGAUUUUUACUAUGCGUGUGCAGCAACUUCUUUAUACAGACAAGAGUACAAAGUUGGUAAUAGGAAUCUGCUGAAUGUGAUUUCUGCAGGAUCAUCAACGAGUCAGAAUAAGCAUGAACCAGUUAAACAAUAUGUAAGUCGUAAAAACGAAGUAGCAUUACGUGGAAAACAAAUCGAAUUAUUUUGUAUAUAUGGCGGGACGCCGCUGCCUGAAACGAUAUGGCGGAAAGAUGGAGAACGAAUAAAAACUUCAGAUAGAGUUACACAAGGGAAUUAUGGUAAAUCGCUGAUAAUAAAACAUGUAAAUUUUACUGACGAAGGUACUUAUACUUGUGAGGUUUCAAACGGUGUUGGAAGUGCUGCCUCGCAUUCAAUUAAUCUUAGAGUCAUGGCAGUUCCUUACUUCGUUGUUGAACCGGAAAUAGUUAAUGCUGCUGAAGACGAGACCGCCGUAAUAAAAUGUGAAGCCACUGGUGAACCACAACCGGAAAUUAAAUGGAUUCACAAUGGCAAGCCAAUUUCGGAAUCUCCACCAAACCCGCGCCGAAAAGUUACUCUUAAUACUAUUACUAUUGAGAAAUUAAAAAAGACAGAUACUGGCAAUUACGGUUGUAACGCUACUAAUUCUCUUGGAUAUGUCUACAAAGAUGUUUAUGUUAACGUAUUAGCGUUAGAACCCGAAAUAACCCAACGCCCUAAUGACGAGGCAACGGUUGACGGGAAAACUAUUAUUAUGACAUGUAGAGUAUUUGGUGCUCCAAAACCCGCUGUUAAAUGGGUCAGAAAUGGCCAAGAAUUGACUGGUGGGCGUUAUAGAACACUAGAAUCCGGUGAUUUAGAAAUUAAAGAUGUUACUUUCAUGGAUUCUGGUGUAUACAGCUGUCAUGCAACCAAUAAGUUUGGUCAAGAUAAUGCAAAUGCUACUCUUAUCGUCAAAGAACGAACGAAAAUUACUGAUGGACCAGAAGAUUACGAAGUUGCUGCAGGAAAUACUGCAACAUUCAGAUGUAACGCCAUUGCUGACUCAACGCUGACGCUGACAAUCGAUUGGUGGAGGAAUAACAAACCUCUUGACAUUGAUAUCGAGCCCCGAUUCGUUUUAAGCAGUGAUUACUCGCUGUCUGUAACUAAGACAACUGAAUUAGAUUCCGGCACGUACACCUGUGUAGCAAGCACGGAAUUGGAUAGUGUUAAUGCUUCAGCGACUUUGACUGUUCAAGAUGUACCAAAUUCUCCUCAAUUACUUGAAACCAGAUGUCAUGCCGAGGAAGCACAUAUUCGUUGGACUCCUAUGGGAGACAAUCGAGCUCCCAUUUUACAUUAUAUUGUUCAGUAUAAUACAAGUUUUACACCUGAUUCUUGGGAAGUUGUGAGCAGUAGUGUACCUGCGACAGAACAAUCAUAUACUAUCAUGUUAUCGCCGUGGGCUAAUUAUACCUUCCGUGUAAUAGCUUUAAAUAAAAUCGGACAAUCUAUACCAUCAGGUCACAGUGACGUUUGCACGACACUACCAGAUGUUCCAUACAAAAAUCCAUCAAAUGUAAUGGGGAACGGAACUGACCCUACAAAUAUCGUGAUCUCGUGGACGACCAUGCCACAAAUAGAGCACAAUGGUCCGAAAUUCAAGUACCGUGUUUACUAUAAACAAGAUAUACCUGGAAAACUUUGGGAGAAAGAGGACAUUUCUAAUUGGAAAAUAAAUCGUCUUCCUGUUUAUAAUCAGCCGACUUAUCAAAGAUAUCAAAUUAAAGUAGUGGCGAUUAAUGAAAAAGGUGAAUCUCGAGCAGUGCCAGAAGUAGUUAUUGGUUAUUCUGGUGAAGAUCAACCAACUCAAGCUCCUGGUAAUUUCACGGUAGUUGCUGUCAAAUCUAGUAGAAGUGCAAUUCUCUCUUGGACACCUGUCCCACCUGAAUCGGUCAGAGGGGAAUUACGAGGGUAUAAACUUCAAACGUGGACGGAAAAAGAUGGAGAAGAAGGGAUGAGAGAAAUUACUAUACCAGGUACUAAUACGACUCAGGUGCAAGUUGAUAAAUUUAUUCCAUUCAGUACAAACGUCGUGAGAAUUCUUGCCUAUAAUGGAAGAUAUAAUGGUCCACCCUCUGACCGUCUGGUCUUUGAAACUCCUGAAGGAGUACCUGGAACUGUUUUGAGUUUAGAUGCAUAUCCUAUGGGAUCAAGUGCUCUCUAUUUGAAGUGGACCAAACCAGCCGAAGCGAACGGUAUUCUCACGGGGUACAGAAUUUAUUAUCAAGUAGUAGAUGGAACAUCUCUUGGUCCUUUAUUAGAACGACAACCACAUAUAACGAACCCCGAAACUACUAGUGCUAAAUUACCUCGGUUAGCUCCCAAUACUAAAUAUCGUGUUCAUAUUCGUGCUACAACCAAUGCCGGUGAAGGUGUUGAUUUCUACAUUGAAGAAUCCACUCGUCAUUCUCAACCACCGGAUGUUCCUCAAUUUAGAUGGGAGAUUGUCCCUAAAGAAAAUGGAUACGUCACUGUUAAAAUAACCUGGCUACCUAAUCCCAAUGGAUACCCAGGAAGUCACUUCUUUGCUAAAUAUAUGUUAAAGGGAGAAACUAUCUUCACUGAAACGGAUCCAGAAUUUCAUAAUGAGGACUUGGAGAUUAGGGGAUUAUUGAGCGGAGAAGUUUAUUUAGUGUCUGUUGUAGCUGUUGACGGAGAUCAUCUAACUGAGAGUGAACUUCAAGAGAUUGAAACCAGUAGUGAAGGUCCUAUUAUACAACCAAAAGAAAAUGUUGCUACUGCUGGAUGGUUUAUAGGUAUGAUGCUGGCAAUUGCAUUCCUCCUAAUGGUACUAAUAAUCGUCUGCAUAAUUAAACGUAAUCGCGGUGGCAAGUACGCCGUCCACGAGCGUGAACUAGCUGCAGGCCGAGUUGAUUAUCCAGAUGAAGGUGGUUUUCAUGAGUAUUCUCAGCCAUUAGAUACCAAAUCCGCUGGAGGACGUACUUCAUUAGCAUCAUCUUCGCAUCAGGAUGGUAAACACCCAGAAUCUGAUACUGACUCUAUGGCAGAGUACGGAGAAGGCGAUACUGAGGGUAUGAAUGAAGAUGGAUCCUUCAUUGGUCAAUACGGCCGGCAAAGGAAACCUGAGCCAAACUCACAAGCAUUUGCGACGUUAGUUUAAGGACGUUUCACAGAAGAUGGAUCUUUCAUCGGUCAGUACGGACCUAAAGGUAGACCUGAAGAGACACCAACGAUGCCAGCCGGUACAAUGGCAACUUACGUUUAACCCUCGGGUUUGUUAACCUUCGUCGUGUGUUUUUAAUUUAAUCUAUUAAAUAAUCGGAAUCACAUGGCCGGAAAUCCUUGCCUGCCAAUGCAGCUGCUAAAUACACCUUGCGCCGGGCGCAACGUCCAUUCUUUACUGCCAAUUACACUUUUCAUUUUGGGUUUUAUAGGUCAACCGAGACACUGACUGAUAUAAAGGGAACUUUUAGUAAAGACGAGUAUUUUUCCAUCCAAUAAUUAUAGAAUUAGUAAAUUAUACAAAUUAAAUAGAUCUUUUUAUUAAUUUUGAAUCUCUAAAUGAUAUUAUUCUUUAUUCUUAUUCAAUAAACAUAUUAAUCAACGAUGUAUAACUGGUAAAUACUUUUUUAUACGGAGAAUGAUAUUAAUUAUGUAGAUUUAAAUCCUUUCUUUAUACUUAGUCAUCAUCAUUGAACACAUUGUCUCUCGUUAAUUAUAAAACCCAAAGGUGUUAGAUUAAAUUUUAGCCGGCAAAGCUAUAUUUACAGAGAAAAAAAAACAUUACUGCUAAUAAUAUUUAACCGGGCCAGAUUGAAAUGAAUUGCCAGCUUUAAAUAAUGUAUCGUUAUUAACAUCCGUUUUGUUAAUAUGAAAUAUGUAUAAUAAUAAUUAGUUACUCGGUUUAAAAAAAUUUUACAGUAUAAAUAAGUUUAAAACUAAAACUAUUUGUCAUUGAAUUAACUAAAAUUUUUUCAUUGAUUUAUAUUAUUGAAAGAGUUUAACAAAUGGGCAAAGUUUGUAAGUUUAAUGGUGGGAUAAUAAUAAUAUAUAUCCCGUUAAACAGGGUACGUUCGUUGAAUUAUAAUCAUUUUUAAAUGAAUCUAUUUAAUAAUGGAAAAAACAUCUUCAGACUGCACUUAUAUUUUCAACGAUGAAAGUAUAUUCGGAUGGUGCAUAAGUGCAAUCUUGAAGAUUAGGUUAAAAAAUGAGUUGGCAUCAAACAGUCUGGCCUAGACUGAUAAUAACUUUAACUGUCAGAUCACAAUAAUUGUCAUAAUUCGUCGUAAUUUUAAUUGGUAAACAGUGUUGUGAAUGAAUUUACAAAAAAA